AUCUUGUUUCCAGUGUGUCCAUGGUGAAGUUUGUGAAAGCUGAAGUUCUCUGGGGCACUGCAGAGUGGCAUGGUGACAAGAUCCUGCAACCUUUGUAGCUUUGUUCCUUCUAUUUCUGUUCUUAGUUUACUCCAGACACCAUCGUGUUCUUCUGUACCAGACAUGGACUGGUCACAGAUCUUGCUUUUACACACCACGGUCCUUUAAUGCUCUGCCAGAAAUGGCUGAGGUUAGCUUUUAAAAAGGUAUUUUACACACAUCGCCACCGGUUGGCUGAGCGAUAUAAUACAGUUUAGCACUCCAUUACACAGCGUGUGGGGCUGUCACAAGCCAGGCCUGAGGAGAGCAGGGUGUGGGGGUCCUUCACAGAUGCAGGCAGUGUGAAAGAGGUGGCUUGGUUUGGAAGGGCUGGUGCAGUGUCAUUGGUUCUGACGUCACUCACCAGGUCUUGUCUUUUGCCGUCUUUAGGGCACUUCUGCACUGGAAACAUUACAGUGGCCCAGUGGCAGCUCUGCAGCUACAGCACUUCUGUGUGGAUGCGACCAACACUGACAGGAGGGGCAGGAGAGGCAAUCCAUCUCCUUGAGGGGCAGUAGAGAGGUCACUGAAGUACAACAUGCAGCUGAAUCUUUUCUUUCACUGCAUCAAGAGAUGGCAGGGGAGAGCUCACUCAGGCCACUGCUUACAUCAGCCAGUGUUUGGAGAUUCCCAAGGUGAACAGACAUGGAGACAGAGACUUACCUCAUUUCUUUGCUUUCUUUCAGCUUCCAUGACAGGAUUCCCCAUGGCAGACUCAGACAUCCCAGAACUAACUCAGCUCCGACUGGUGAACAGCCUGAAUCGCUGCGCUGGGAGGGUCGAGGUGCUUCACAACCAGCAGUGGGGAACCGUGUGUGAUGACGGCUGGGACUUAAAGGAUGCCGGAGUCGUGUGCAGGCAGCUGGGCUGUGGGACGGCGUUAUCAGCCCCACGAGGGGCUCGAUUUGGGCGAGGAUCUGACCGUAUCUGGCUGGAUGACGUUCACUGCACAGGGACAGAAGCUGCCCUCUCUGAUUGCAAGACUCGGCCUUGGGGAGACAAUGACUGUACCCACAAAGAAGAUGCCGGUGUUGUGUGCUCAGAUUCUGGCAUCUCAGAAGUGGCUCAGAUCCGACUGGUGAAUGGUUCGAGUCGCUGCGCUGGGAGAGUCGAGGUACUUCCCAACCAGCAGUGGGGAACCGUGUGUGAUGACAACUGGGACUUACGGGAUGCCGGAGUCGUAUGCAGACAGCUGGGCUGUGGGACGGCGUUAUCAGCCCCACGAGGGGCUCAAUUUGGGCGAGGGUCAGACCAUAUCUGGCUGGAUGAAGUUCACUGCGCAGGGACAGAAGUUGCCCUCUCCGAUUGCAGGGCUGAGCCUUGGGGAGCCAGUAACUGUGAUCACGGAGAAGAUGCCGGUGUUGUGUGCUCAGACGCUGGCAUCUCAGAAGUGGCUCAGAUCCGACUGGUGAACAGCAGGAGUCGCUGCGCUGGGAGGGUCGAGGUGCUUCACAACCAGCAGUGGGGAACCGUGUGUGAUGACAACUGGGACUUACAGGAUGCCGGAGUCGUAUGCAGGCAGCUGGGCUGUGGGACGGCGUUAUCAGCCCCAGGAGGGGCUCGAUUUGGGCAAGGAUCUGAUCGUAUCUGGCUGGAUGAAGUCAACUGCACAGGGACAGAAGCUGCCCUUUCCGAUUGCAGAGCUCGGCCUUGGGGAGAGAGUAACUGUAACCAUAGAGAAGAUGCCGGUGUUGUGUGCUCAGGUACCUCCUCAGACGUGAGGCUGGUAGGUGGCCCCCACCGCUGCGCCGGGCGGGUGGAGGUGCGUCUGGACGGGCGCUGGGGCACCGUGUGUGACGACGGCUGGGGCCUGAGCGACGUGGCCGUGGUGUGCAGGCAGCUGGACUGUGGGACGGCCAUGGAAGCGCUGAGUGGUAAAGUGUUCGGCCCGGGCAACGAGUCAGACCCUGUCCUGAUGAUGGACGUGCAGUGCCAGGGGACAGAGGCGGCGCUGGGGAGUUGCCCAUACACGGAUCCAGAAGACCUCUGCCAGCAUGAUGAGGACGCAGGGGCCCGUUGCCAAGACGCUGGCAUCUCAGAAGUGGCUCAGCUCCAACUGGUGAAUGGUUCGAGUCGCUGCGCUGGGAGGGUCGAGGUUCUUCACAACCAGCAGUGGGGAACCGUGUGUGAUGACAGCUGGGACAUACAGGAUGCCGGAGUCGUGUGCAGGCAGCUGGGCUGUGGGACGGCGUUAUCAGCCCCAGGAGGGGCUCGAUUUGGGCCAGGAUCUGACCGUAUCUGGCUGGAUGACGUCAACUGCACAGGGACAGAAGUUGCCCUCUCCGAUUGCAGGGCUCGGCCUUGGGGAGUGAAUAACUGCACCCAUGGAGAAGAUGCCGGUGUUGUGUGCUCAGGACCAAUUCCCAACGUGAGGCUGGUAGGUGGCCCCCACCGCUGCGCCGGGCGGGUGGAGGUGCGUCUGGACAGGCGCUGGGGCACCGUGUGUGACGACGGCUGGGACCUGAACGACGUGGCUGUGGUCUGCAGGCAGCUGGGCUGUGGGCCGGCCAUGGAAGCGCUGACUAGUAAAGUGUUCGGCCCGGGCAACGAGUCAGACCCUGUCCUGAUGAUGGACGUGCAGUGCCAGGGGACAGAGGCGGCGCUGGGGAGUUGCCCGUACAUGGAUCCAGGGGACCUCUGCCAGCAUGAUGAGGAUGCAGGGGCCCGUUGCCAAGCAGCUGUGUUUGCUUUGCCAGAGGUGAGGCUGGUAGGUGGCCCCCACCGCUGUGCUGGGUGGGUGGAGGUGCGUCUGGACGGGCGCUGGGGCACCGUGUGUGACGCAGGGGCCCAUUGCCAAGGGGAUGUGGCUGAGCCCUGCCCUGCCGAGUCGCCCUACAGGGAGAGGCCUCAGUCUGUGCUGGUGGGGCUGGGCAGUGCCCUCAUGGGGCUGCUCUGUGCACCAGGGUGCCUCCUCAGCAAGAAGCUGCCAAGUCUGCCAACCCAUGGUGUCUUCACACUUAAUCUAGCCCCCCGAGUUAUGUGCCAAGAGCCCUUCACACUGCGGCUGGCGGAUGGCCCAGGCAAGUGCUCCGGGUGGCUGGAGGUCCGGUAUGAUGGGCUGUGGGGCACCGUGUGUGACGACGAUUGGUCGGUGUCCAACGCCCAAGUGGUCUGCCGGGAGCUGGGCUGUGGCUUAGCCAAACCACUGGCCCCAAAGCUGCAGGACCGGCCCCGCUUUGGCCAGGGUAUGGGGAAAAUCUGGCUGGACGACAUCCACUGCAAAGGCGCUGAGGAGACCUUGCAGAACUACGUGAGGCUGGUAGGUGGCCCCCACCGCUGCGCCGGGCGGGUGGAGGUGCUUCUGGACGGGCGCUGGGGCACCGUGUGUGACGACGGCUGGGACCUGGGCGACGUGGCCGUCGUCUGCAGGCAGCUGGGCUGCGGGAAGGCCAUGGAAGCGCUGAGUCGUAAAGUGUUCGGCCCGGGCAACAAGUCAGACCCUGUCCUGAUGAUGGACGUGCAGUGCCAGGGGACAGAGGCGGCGCUGGGGAGCUGCCCGUACAUGGAUCCAGGGGACUUCUGCCAGCAUGAUGAGGACGCAGGGGCCCGUUGCAAAGCUGCCGACGUGGGAGUCUCCUCCUCCUCAGCCACUGGGACCCCCCCGCGCAGCCCCGGAACAGGCCUCCCAGCAGCUGGGUUUGCUUUGCCAGACGUGAGGCUGGUAGGUGGCCCCCACCGCUGUGCCGGGCGGGUGGAGGUGCGUCUGGACGGGCGCUGGGGCACCGUGUGUGACGACGGCUGGGACCUGAACGACGUGGCCGUGGUGUGCAGGCAGUUGGGCUGUGGGACGGCCAUGGAAGCGCUGAGUGGUAAAGUGUUCGGCCCGGGCCCCAAGUCGGAGCCUGUCCUGAUGAUGGACGUGCAGUGCCAGGGGACAGAGGCGGCGCUGGGGAGCUGCCAGUACAUGGAUCCAGGGGACCUCUGCCAGCAUGAUGAGGAUGCAGGGGCCCGUUGCCAAGCAGCUGCAUUUGCUUUGCCAGACGUGAGGCUGGUAGGUGGCCCCCACCGCUGUGCCGGGCAGGUGGAGGUGCGUCUGGACGGGCGCUGGGGCACCGUGUGUGACGACGGCUGGGACAUCAGCGACGUGGCCGUGGUGUGCAGGCAGUUGGGCUGUGGGCCGGCCAUGGAAGCGCUGAGGGGUAAAGGGUUCCGCCCGGGCGUCAAGUCAGACCCUGUCCUGAUGAGGAACGUUCAGUGCCAGGGGACAGAGGCCCUUACUCGCUGCCGAGUCCAAGCCUGGGAGGGGCGGCCCUGCCCCCACCGGGACACCGGAGUCAUGUGCCAAGAGCCCUUCGCACUGCGGCUGGCGGAUGGCCCAGGCAAGUGCUCCGGGCGGCUAGAGGUGCGGUAUGAUGGGCUGUGGGGCACCGUGUGUGACAACGACUGGUCGGACACCAACGCCCAAGUGGUCUGCCGGGAGCUGCGCUGUGGCCAAGCCAAGCCACUGGCCCCAAAGCUGCAGGAUUGGCCCCGCUUUCGCCAGGGUACGGGGAAAAUCUGGCUGGACAACAUCCGCUGCAAAGGCACCGAGGAGACCCUGCAGAACUGUGCCCACCACUUCUGGGGCUACCACAACUGCACCCACCAGAAGGACAUCAGCGUGAUCUGCCAGGACAACUGAGCCGGCCACAGCUCCUCCACCGCCUCCCAUUGAUUCCCCCCGUCCCCGAGCUUUCAGUGCAUCCCCCAUGCCCCCAGGCCCUUCCUCUCUGCUGCCAGGCUCCCCGGCUCUGUCCGCCCAGCCCGUGGAUGGCUGUCAGCUGUGCAGGGGCAUGGCUUGGUGAGUGCCCAGGGGGAUUCCCAUUUCAGGGAUGA